AUGUUCAGCAGAAACCGCCUUCUUAUCUCAUUGGCGUUUCUCAUCAUGAUGCUACAUCUUGUCGAACAAACCGCGGCAGUCAAUAAACCCAAGCCCAAUGGAAGAAAUAAGCCCGAUCUUUCAAAAGUGAAAUCCGACUACACACUUGUAUGUCACAAACCUAAUACAUUGAUCAAGGGUCACCCGGCCUGCGGGUGUUGGAAUCCUACUACAAAUAAAGACAUUCCGGCAAAAUGUAGUAAGGAAGGAAUAUUGCAUUGUGAUAAGGCUGCAGGCUACGUUAAGACAUGCCAACCUGCGAACCCGUGUGGGAUCACUAAAAACAAAAAAGGUGUCAAAACUUCAAACCGGGUGUAUUGUGCGAACAAGUCAAAACCCAAGUGA